GUUUUGAUCUCUGCUAGUAAAGACUAAACACUAAACAGUAAAACAAUUACAAGUUACAACUAUAAGCUUACACAAAUCCCGUCAACAUUUGUGUCUAACAAUUGUAAAGAAUGUCUGACCAAAUGAAACAAAACAGAUCUUGGAUCAUUAAUUGUUUUUCAAAAUUAAGUUCAAACAUUAAAUACAUUACCUCCAUACCAAUGAGAGUAGAUUUUCUGAAUCACUCACUAAACAUCUUGGCAGAUGAUGUAAACGAAUUCAUUUACCUCACGCCUGAAACAUAUGUUUUGCAAUCGACUCUUCAUUUAGGAAUUUUAUCAUUUGAUUCCUGUCAUCACGGCAAGUGGGUUCUGAGCUUUAAUGAUGAACCAUCUAUAUUGGAUUUCAUUAAAACAUUGAAGAAAAAUGACGUUAAAGUGACAGACAUUCAGAAAUUGUUGUCAGAGAGAGUGCACAUGGAAAAUGCAAUAAUUAAAACAGUAACUGAUGUAAGUUUCCCAAAUUUUGUAGCUGAAGUGGAAUACAUCAUGAAAAACAAAAAUGUUUGAUCAUUGGAAUUAAUUUUAAUCAAAAAUAAGAUUAAUAAUAA